GAAGAGGCAGAAGUGGAUGUGAGAGACAGACACACACAGAGACACAGAGAGCGAAAGAGGGCAAGAGACUUGACUUUAAGAGACUCCUGCACUGACAACUCCAUGCAGUUCGGAACAAGAACGGCAGCGACCGACUCUGGUUUCAUGGGGACAUGGCAGAACACUGACACUAACCUCUUAUUCAGAAUGUCCCAACAGGCCAUCCGCUGUACACUGGUAAAUUGCACAUGUGAAUGUUUUCAGCCAGGGAAGAUUAACCUGAGAACCUGUGAUCAGUGUAAACAUGGCUGGGUGGCACAUGCCUUGGACAAGCUUAGUACUCAGCACCUCUACCACCCAACCCAAGUGGAGAUUGUGCAGUCCAAUGUUGUGUUUGACAUCAGCAGCCUGAUGCUGUAUGGUACUCAGGCUGUGCCUGUGAGACUGAAGAUACUACUUGACCGACUCUUCAGUGUACUGAAGCAAGAGGAGGUGCUACAUAUUCUACACGGUUUAGGCUGGACACUUCGAGACUAUGUUCGAGGCUACAUCCUUCAGGAUGCUGCAGGCAAGGUGCUGGACCGCUGGGCCAUCAUGUCCAGGGAAGAAGAGAUCAUUACCCUUCAGCAAUUCCUGAGAUUUGGAGAAACCAAAUCCAUUGUGGAGCUGAUGGCAAUUCAAGAAAAAGAAGGGCAGGCUGUGGCUGUGCCAUCUUCAAAGACAGAUUCAGAUAUAAGGACUUUUAUUGAAAGCAAUAAUCGCACCAGGAGCCCAAGUCUCCUUGCUCACCUGGAGAAUAGCAACCCUUCCAGCAUUCAUCAUUUUGAAAACAUCCCGAAUAGCAUCACAAACGUUGAGCCCAAAACUGAGCCAGCCUGUGUCUCUCCUGUGCAGACACCUACGCCUGUCAAUGAUUUAUCGAAAACAGAACACACUAAAAGCUCGUUCCGCAUUCACAGAAUGAGGAGAAUGGGGUCAGCCUCCAGGAAAGGAAGAGUGUUUUGCAAUGCAUGUGGCAAAACGUUCUAUGACAAAGGUACUCUUAAAAUCCACUACAAUGCCGUUCACCUGAAAAUCAAGCACCGGUGCACUAUUGAGGGCUGCAACAUGGUCUUCAGCUCUCUCAGAAGCCGCAAUCGCCACAGUGCUAACCCCAAUCCUCGCCUCCACAUGCCUAUGCUAAGGAAUAAUCGCGACAAAGAUCUAAUUCGUGCUACAUCAGGUGCUGCCACUCCAGUCAUAGCAAGUACAAAAUCCAACCUAACUUUAACAAGCCCUGGGCGUCCACCGAUGGGGUUUACCACUCCCCCUCUAGAUCCUGUACUACAGAACCCUCUUCCCAGUCAGCUGGUGUUCCCAGCUUUAAAGACUGUCCAACCUGUUCCUCCUUUUUACAGAAAUUUACUUACUCCUGGAGAGAUGGUGAGUCCUCCAACCUCACUCCCUACCAGUCCAAUAAUACCAGCAGUGAGUGGCAUGGAGCAGCAUCCCCCUCCUCCUUCAGAGUCGUCAGUACCUUCAGUGCUGAUGCCUACCCCAGAACCUAAUGCUGACCUUGCCCCCAAGAAGAAGCCAAGGAAGUCGAGCAUGCCAGUUAAAAUUGAAAAGGAAGUUAUAGAUACUGCCGAUGAGUUUGAUGAUGAAGACGAAGAGGUGAAUGACAGCAGCACGAUGGUGAAUGACAUUGGUCAUGACAAUCACUGCCAUUCUCAGGAGGAAAUGAGCCCAGGCCUGUCCGUGAAAGACUUUUCCAAAAGUGACAGAAGCAGAUGCAUUUCCAGACCAGACAUAAGAAGGGCAGACAGCAUGACAUCAGAAGACCAGGAGCACGAGAGAGACUAUGAAAAUGAGUCAGAGUCAUCAGAACCCAAAUUGUGUGAGGAAUCCAUGGAAGGCGAUGAUCGCCUCCACGAACCUGGUGAAAAAUCUAUGAUGCACAGUGACAGACCAGAUGAAAACCACAAUGACUCUUCCAACCAGGAUGUCAUUAAAGUGAAGGAAGAGUAUACAGACCCUACAUAUGAUAUGUUCUACAUGAGCCAAUAUGGACUGUACAAUGGAGGCAGUGCCAGUAUGGCUGCGCUUCAUGAAAGUUUCGCUUCUACAUUCAACUACAGCAGCCCUCAGAAGUUCUCCCCAGAAGGUGAAAUGUGCUCCAGCCCAGACCCCAAGAUCUGCUAUGUGUGCAAGAAAAGUUUCAAGAGUUCCUACAGUGUGAAGCUUCACUACAGAAACGUUCAUUUAAAAGAGAUGCAUGUCUGCACAGUGGCUGGCUGUAAUGCUGCGUUCCCAUCACGGAGAAGCAGAGACAGACACAGUGCUAAUAUAAACCUGCACCGUAAACUGUUGACCAAAGAACUGGAUGACAUGGGCCUGGACACCUCACAGCCUUCUCUUAGUAAGGACCUCCGCGAUGAAUUUUUGGUGAAGAUAUAUGGCGCUCAGCAUCAGAUGGGGCUCGACAUAAGGGAAGAUACCUCCUCACCUGCUGGUACUGAGGAUUCCCAUAUGAAUGGGUACGGCAGGGGGAUGUCGGAAGACUAUAUGGUCCUGGACCUGAGCACCACCUCCAGCAUCCAGUCCAGCAGCAGUAUCCAUUCCUCAAGAGAAUCUGAUGCAGGAAGCGAUGAGGGCAUUCUCCUGGAUGACGUCGAUGGGGCAAGUGACAGCGGGGAAUCUGCCCACAAAGCAGAUGCCCCUGCCUUAGCUGUAGGUAUGGGCACCGAUGUCCCAGGAUCCCUCAUGUUCAACAGUGUUUCGGUGAGCAACGGUGGGAUAAUGUGUAACAUUUGCCACAAAAUGUACAGCAACAAGGGAACCCUCAGAGUGCACUAUAAAACAGUGCACUUGCGAGAGAUGCACAAAUGCAAAGUCCCUGGGUGCAACAUGAUGUUCUCCUCUGUCCGUAGCCGAAACCGGCACAGUCAGAACCCCAAUCUGCAUAAAAACAUUCCCUUCACUUCAGUAGAUUAG